GAUAGCUAGUAUAGCCGGCCGGCUUCGACGCGGCGGGGCUGGCGCUGCCGGCCCGGUCGCACACGGUAGGCCGGUAGACCUUGCAUUUGCCCACGUCCACCGGCGCGGCCAGCGCGGCGGCUCAGCUCAGCAGAUCAGAUAGACACUACGGUACCGUACGGUACUGCACAGUUCGUUCGUCUAUGAUGCAGCGCAUGAUUUAUUUACUUUUGGAUUUUAGUUUUGCUACAUCAUACAUGUAGUCAAGUAAUUGGAUUACUGCUGGUAAAAUCUAUAUAGAAUCGUUGCCGAACUGUUGUACCUUUUGCAUUAGAAAUAGAAGACCCAUUUAGAAGAAUAUUGAGUGUUUGACACGAUGUUGCGGAGAGUGCCGAGUAGCUGCCUCAAUCUUUUACGUAACAGAAACAACCUCAUCACCAGGAGGACUUUUUUGAGUCUUGCCAAAAGAUCCACAGCCUCAAAUUCAGCUUCACAGACUAAAUGGCUGUGCUCAUGUCCAUUGCCAACAAAUCAGACCUUCAGAGCAACUCGGCAAGGUAGACUGGUAACAGUCCCAUCUCUAUGUCGCCAGUCUACAUCAUCCAGAGCUGCAGAGAGCACCAUAGCAGUAGACAUACGACAGGAAAAUGAUCACCUGUCUUUUUCUGUAGGCAAUGAGAACUUCAAAGCAAGCUACCUAUGGCUCAGGGAUCAUUGUAGAUGUAGCAUGUGUUAUGAAGAGGUAUGCCAUGAAAACUUUGUGGACAUUGUGGCGCUCCCCGAUGAUAUCAGACCAAAGGAAUGUCAUUACGAAAACAGGGAGCUCCAGUUAACAUGGCCUGAUGAUCAUGUGACCACCUACUCCAUCCAAUGGCUUCAGGACAAUGCACCAGGUCAGAGGUCAUCCGCUGCAUCCGGUCAGCAACUGCAACCAUUCUACUGGGACAAGGCUAGCCUCGCCACCAAUCUUCCUGAAGACGUCCACAUCGAUGCUCUCCGGGAGGGUCCCGGUCUGAAGCAGGUCAUGGAGAACCUUCAUGUGCAAGGGUUCACGUUCAUCUCCGGGCUAGAGGCGACACGUGAGGCAACCGAGGAAGCCCUGUACCUUGUUGCGCCUGUCAUGUAUACACACUAUGGUAAAGUUUGGCAGUACCAGAAUGACGGAGAAAUAGCGGAUGCUGGAUACACGGCUGUCUCCCUCAAGGACCAUACAGAUCAUACGUACUUUGAUAACGCUGCAGGAGGUCUUGCUCUCCAUUGUAUCUACCAUGACGGCACAGGAGGAGAGAAUACGCUGAUCGAUGGGUUCCAUGCAGCUAAUAUAUUGAAGAAGACAAAUCCUGAGCACUACGAAACCUUACUGCAUAAACCUGUGGUCGGCCAUUAUCUAGAUGACACAAGAAACUUCCGUUGCUACCACAAUGUGUUACGCCACAACGUGUUGACGAAUCAGCUACAACAAAUCAGAUUCAACCCUCACGACCGUUUGACCCUCUCGUACAUGUCAUACGAAGAUGCAGAAAAAUUCUACGCCGCCUACCGUGCCUUUGGGCGCAUCCUGGAAUCCCCCGAGAGCAAGUUUGAGACCAAACUUCAGCCGGGGCGCAUGGUCCUCUUCGAUAACUGGCGUCUGCUUCACGGCCGUGCAGGAUUCACUGGAAAGCGUGUCAUGGUCGGUUGCUACUUCAGCAAUGACGACAUCCAGAACUUGAAGAGGACCACAGCAAACCUGGAUGUCUGAGGAAGUAUUGGUCUUGAAGAGAAACCUGUGAAAACUCCCCUGAGUGUAAUAUCUCAGAGCUUUAUGAUCAUGGUUAGGAAUCGUUUUCACAAAACACAAAGGCCCGUAUUCUGAAGUCAGGUUUAACUUUAAUAGACCAUGGGCUAACUGUACUAAGAUUAUGGAAAGCCAAAUAUGUCGAAAGUUUCCUUACAUUGUUUCUUAUGUUUACUGUGCUCUUUUAUUAUUGGUGAAUGGUGAAUAAAGCGAUCUUAUUUGUCCUUUCAAAACAGUUAAGAAUGAUUUGAGAGAAAAAUGAGCUGAUGCAUUGAAAUUCUAUUGUUAUAGAUUUACCCCACCAUUGGCUAUCCAUAGUUAAACCCAAACUUUAAACCAGAGUUUAAAUUAAACCUGACUUCAGAAUACGGGCCAAAAAGUUGUGGGUUACUUAAAAAUGAUUUUGCACGUGGAUAUCACAGGGGGGGGGGGGGGUAGUGCACUCCUAUUACAAGGUGGACACCAUGCUUGAUUAUGUGAAAUGAGUUGUUUUUCAUUGCCAUGCAAUGUAACUUUGUACAGUGAAAAGGGUGUCAAAUUGCCAAAAUCAGGAAAUAGGGUUUUCAUUUCAACCCUUGAUUGCGUUAAUAGUAUAUAUAUUUCACCCUAUCAUUAUUUAGGGUAUGUAAAAUGUGAAAAAAUACUUGCUUAAGGUACUCCCAGCCUGUCUGAGGAGCAGGAUUCUGAGAUGGAAGGAUGAUAAAUGGCACUUCUAUAUAGUCCAUUUUGAAAGUCUGUUUAAAGGAGCAUUGUCUCCACCUGAUGAUGACAGUGUGGGGGGGAUUUCAAUAUCUUACUGAUGAAUAUUCAUCUACAGAAUGAUGAAUAUGCAGUAGUGAACACCCUUCUGAGCAUAAUCUAACCAGUUCUCAGAGUGGUUGUUUAUCGCAGCAAUUUUGAAUUUAAGUGAUAAUUAAAGUCACACAUAACCCCUUGUGAAACAGUCCCUGUCGCCGCUUCAUGAAGUUGUUUGUAAAGUUAAGCAUGACUUUGAAACGACAUGUAGAAAAAGGCAUACACCAAAUUCCAUUGGUGUUGUUUUAGCUCCUUAGAAAGGGGUUAUCAGCUAUUCUUGAAGUCGCUCAUACGUUACUAACAGCGUUAUGAAACACCCUCCAUGCCUUAUAUAGUGUUGUCAUUUGUUCAAAUCAAUUUUACAAUUAUAACUCCCACCUCUUAAAAUAGACAGCUGAGACUAAAUUCAAUCAUCUCCAUAUACCAGUAUUCCUUCGUGCUGUAAGUGGAAGACUUAAUUUUGUUUAUUGUAUUGGUUUCAGAGUUUAAUUAUGCCAACUGUUCCUUAAAGAGAAAUCCAGCCUUGGUCAUAAAACGUUGUGUUGGAAAGGAGAAAAGUAAAUAAAACAGAAUGGUGAAAGUUUUAAAGAAAUCGGACAAGCAAUAAGCAAGUUAUGGCUGCUUUGAAAUUUAGAUCCCUAAGACUAUAUUGAUUUCAAAUUGGCAACUGGGUAAGUAAAUUAUGACAAGGGGCAAGGACACCAUUCCCAUAGGCCAUGUCCUUUAUUAUCAGGGAUUUGUGGUUUUCUCCCAAGUACCCAUUCCCCUGGGGCAGUAAUCUAAAUAUAACCCAGGUAGUAUAUUGUUUUAUGUCCUCAUGAAAGAAAAAUAUCAUUUGAAGUAAAACUUGAAAAAAUUACAGUUUAGCCAUUUUAUGUAUUAGAGUACAUGGAAGAGUAGUCCUUGCCUUACAUCACUAUGACAUCACAUAUGCGACCCAUUUGAAGUCUUUGUGGAUAUAGUGAUUACCAAUAUUUACAACUUUUAAAAAUUCAUAACUUUCUUAUUGUUUGUCUGAUAUUGUUCAAACUUUUACCUAUCAACUUGUCCAAUUUUUCUUUUUCCUCUAAAAACAAGUUUUUAUUUUGGUUGGAUUCCCCUUUAAUUUCUACAUUAUAUUUUUUUCUAUGUAAAGCUUUGAUUUGUUUAUAUUAUAUCAACUCGGUGUAAAGAAUUUACAUGUUAUAUGUUUUAUCUAUGCAGAGUAAAAUAUUGAGGGGAAAAUCAUGAAGAUUUAUAACUGUACUGUUGUAGUUUUACUGUACUAACUUUUUUAUAUCGUGGGGAGAAAAUAUGUUACACUCAUGGAAUAAGUGAAAAGUAUUUACUACUGCAAAUAUUAUUAGAAGUAUAAAAACAUGCAUCUACGGUGUGAAAUUGUUUUUAUUGAUAAUGGGCUAUAUUCGCACCUGUUUAUCUUAGUGUUAUGUUUAUUAUGGUAAAUUUCAUAUUAGUCCACACAAAAAACUUUUCCCAUUUGUCUCAUAUCACAUGGUCUAAUCCCAUGUGGUCUACAACCAGUUCGUCUACUAACCCAUUUGGUCUAAUUUCCUUUUAGCCUUUGUACCAUUCCUCUAAUUUUUGAGUUAGGCUAUAUGUUGAAAUUAACUGUUUAUGAAUCUUUUUUUUUUUCCUUUGACAAAGUAAGGAGAUGAAGCAGUGAUUGGUAUUACCAACCAAGUGCCUAGUGAUAAUGAUCUGGAUUUUAGACCCAGUGCAGUGUAGACUAGACAAAACGGCAAUUAGUCAGAAUUGAUAGACCAAAUCGGUUUUACUCACGUAGCAUAUUAGACUGUCUUAGAAUUUGAACAAGUUUGAAUUUAUAUUUGUUUAUAAGUUCUUGAGAUGCUAAUCGAUCAGUUUACUAUUGGAGUGAAAAUCUUCUGAAUAUAUUUUUUUUAAAUGUAUUUGAUGAAUCAACUUCAAAUGUGAUGCAACCUGACGCAAACUUAGUGGACUGGAUUCUCAAAAAUGGUUUUGAAUCUGUGCAUUCUAACUUGUUUAUGCAGAUUUUCAUACUUUGAUUGUGCUUUAUAAUUCAGUGUGUAUUUUGAGAAAUCGUUCAAUGAAAUUAAUUAUUGUCCUUUUGUUGGUGCAAAAUUCUCAUCUGUCACCAUGGUUGCUGCAUUAUGAGCAAACUGUUUAUGGAAAUUAAUCAAAAUUUACAGUGGACACAUUAAUAAAAGUUGUCACUUAUGGUAACGAUCUCAAAAUGAGUUCGAACAGGAUCCAAGAAAUGACCACCCGAGUGAUUGUAUGUAUAAAUAAGAAAUAUUUGCCAAUGGGCUCUGAAAAAAGAAAUGUGCAAUUGCUGAGAAUAAGCAUGGAAUUCCAUAAAAUGUCAGAUAUUUCCCAAGCAACAUUAAUACAGUUUCCCACAUAUGCCUUUUUGUGUAUGUUAGUUAUCGUCAGAUUUAUCGGUUUUCAUUUAGCUAAGAUUUCAUGGUUUCACACAGAUGUGUUGAUUUCAAUGUACCAGAUCUAGAUCUAUGAUAAUAUGGUAGUAAUUUGGGCCAGUGAAAGUUAUUUUCCCCUGUAUUGAGUUGAUUUUUUUUUAUUUAUAUAAUUUAUAUAUAUUUUUCUAUCACUUUUUGUAUAUCUUUUCAGUCAUAGAUAAAUUGCUAUAUGUACAUUUUCUUUAAAUGAAAGGUGCAGAGCUGCUAUCAGACCAAUAGAGUAUUUUGAUGAAGUAUAGUGUAAUUGACAAUCACCAAGUUAAAAGUGAAUUUAAAAUGUUAUUGCAUUAAUAAAUAUAGAUAUUGAUUCAUGCUUGCAAGCAAAGUAUAA